AUGUCAUCAUUGAACAAAGUCAAAAAAUCUAUACCGAAUGAAGCAGCCAAAAAACGGGAUGAAGUAGCCAAAAAACCGAAUGUCGUCAAAAAAUCUGUGUCGAAUGAAGUAGCCAAAGAACAGAAUGUCGUCGAAGAAUCCGUACCAAAUGAAGUAGCCAAAGAACAGAAUGUCGUCGAAGAAUCUAUACCAAAUGAAGUAGCUAAAGAACAGAAUGUCGUCGAAGAAUCUAUACCAAAUGAAGUAGCCAAAGAACAGAAUGUCGUCGAAGGCUCUAUACCAAAUGAAGCAGCCAAAGAACAGAAUGUCGUCGAAGAAUCUAUAUCGAAUGAAGUAGCCCAGAAAGAGAAUGUCGUUGAAGAAUCUCAAUUAGUUUCAUUGAUGACCGUCGAAAACAAUAACACCAACAGCAAAAAUGUCAAUAACAAAAAAACGGAGAAAUCAUCUGAUGAUACAAGCAUAGAAAAACAUGUUGACGCUGAAUUAGCGUCAAACAAAGAAAAUGUUCGUGUCACAAACUCAAAAACGCAACGUAGUGUUUACUUCAAAGAGGAAGUGGAUGAUAUUCGUCCACAACCGUCAAAAAACCUCGAUGAAUCGAGACAUCGUUCAAAAUAUAAUCGUCCAGUUGAUUUUCUUGAUGCUUUAGUAAAUAGCUAUAAAAUCGAAACAACUAUCCCAAGUACGAGUGGUAGUGAAAAUAAAAAAUAUGUACCAAAAACGGUACGUACACGUUUAAAUCCCAAUUGGCGUGAGCAUCGUACACGACGAUUAAUGAAUAAAUUAGAAGAAUUAAGUUUAUGGGAUCGUGAAGAAGAAUUGAAGUUUAAACAAGCCGAAUGGUUACGUGAACAAAAAUGGGAACAAAUACAGGAUCGUCAACGAAACCAUGAUUUAUGUCUGACUUUAAUGAAAGCAAGACAUGAAAGUGAAAUGGAAAGUGCAGUAACGUUAGACAAUCGACAAAACGAUGAUUUUAAUACAACAAAUACAAUAUUGAACACAUUACAAUUAUCUUCACUCAACAAUGCAAUAGAUUACGAUAUACCUAUGGCACCUCAAUCAUUGAAACGUCAUGUUAAACAAAAAUUACAGCAGGAUGAGACGAAUCAACUACAACCGCGAACACCAAUCGGACGUUAUCGUCAAUUUGAAUCAAAUAUGAAGCAUAAAAGAGAUAGGAUAAAUGAGAAGUUGAAACCCGAUACGGAAAUAAUACGUGCUUAUGGUCCUCAAGCUUAUAUUCCACCAGUACCCAUGUUGUUUAGUGAAACAUAUAGUCGAUUAUUAGCUAGUCCAUCAUCUUAUGAGUCACCUUCAUUACCAACAUCAUUCUCCUCAUAUCGUUCAAAGUAUUUACAUGGAAAUGAGCGAUUUACGUCUCCCGAUUAUGAAACAAAAUUGCGUUCAUAUUCAAAACGAGAUGUACGCGUACCAUUGAAAGAUCUUGAUACGGUUUAUUCAUCUUAUCAUGAUCAAGAUGAUGAUGAUGAUAUUGAUGAUUAUUAUUCGUCAUCUUAUCGUACCGGUUUACAAAAGCACCGUUCACAUUAUAGUCCAACAAAAUGCACAACAGCAUCAGCACUCUACGAUUGCUCAAUGACAACACCGAGAAAUUAUGACGAUAACUAUUAUCCACAAAAAUCAUAUCAUCAUUCAACACUUGCUGGUGAUUCAUUAUUGAAAACAAAAAACAGUCAUAGCGGUAUUCAAGAGAGAAGUUUGAAUGACGAUUUAAAUGCUAUUACACAUUUUUCAUUAGAAACAACAAAAAAAAUCCUUCAAAACGUUGGUAUUGGUAAAGAUGAUAUACUCAAUGGAGGUGGACAAUUGAAAUCUAAAAAUUCUGCUACUAAUAAUGGGUAUGGUAAUAACCGAAAACAUGUUACAUUCAGUGAAGAACGGUCAGUUGUCUCCGAUUAUGAUCAUGAUGAUUACACAUUGGGAAAACGAGAUGGUGGAGAUUCUAGAAGAAAUUAUUAUUCGUCAUCAUCAUCAAAAUAUCCUGAGAUUAUUUCAUUAACAUCAAUGAAAUAA